UGGUAAUGUUGGUAUUACUAAAAUGUCAACACGAUUUUAAAACGUCAAACAUCAUUUUGUGUACUGUGAGUUUAAAUAUUUCCCUAUUUAUGUAAAUAAAUUAUAAACUAGUGAUUGUCUAUAAAUAAUUUAUCAAUUAAUCGUCGUAAUAUUCCUUAAGUCAUCAAUCAAUAUGAAUCCGAGUGGCGAAUCUAGUAGUAAAUCAAAUUAUGAAAAUCUAUAUAAAUAUAACGGAGUUGUAGAAAAUCAAGAAACGAGAAGAAAUAAAAAAUUGGAGGAAUUAAAAAAGCGAAGAAAUGAUGCUGUGGAUGAACUACGUAACCUCACGGAUAUAUUUGGAAAAGGCGAAAGCAUGGAAGUUCAAACGGAUACGAUUCCGUUGAAAGAAAAAGGUCGAAACAAAUUUAAGGUUAAAUUAAUGUUAUCGGAAUGGAUGGUGGACAUUCCGAUAGAUUUAGAUGAAAGUUGGUAUUACAAAGUAUGUCCGAAAGGUGUAAGGAACUUAGUAAUUGCAAAAGCAGGUGUCACUAAAGUUUACAAUAGACUUAAUCAAUUAAAAGGUACUUUCCAAACAACAUUGCCUGGAGGUGGAAUAGAAACAGCAAAUCAUCGAAUAACCUUAUUAGAUUGUGUUUAUCGAAAUCAAGAUAAAACCUUUUAUGUACUAGAUAUUUUAGCAUGGAAUUCAAUGUCUUUAAUUAAUUGUUCGGCGGAAUUUAGAUUUUAUUUCUUACAAUCGAAAUUUAAUGAGGAAGAAUUUAGAGGAGGUGCUGACAAUAAGCGAUUUAAGGCGAUUCCACAUCAAUUUGCAACGAGAGAUAACAUUUCAGUUUCAUUUUCUGAUCAAUAUUAUUUAGAGGAUGAAACUCCUCUUCCUGUUGAUGGGAUCCUCUUUUAUCAUAAAGAUAGUAUUUAUACGCCAGGUUUAACACCAUUAGUGGGUUGGUUGAAACCAUAUAUGUUAACUGAAAAAUUGGACGUUUUAAUCAAUGAUUUGUAUCUUUUAACAAAACCGAAAUCUUACACGAAUCUUGAAAAUUAUUUGAAAUAUAAAGAAAAUAAGAUAAAGAAGAAUAGAAAUUUGAAAGGGAGUGGAGAUAUGGAGGUAGAAGAUGAAGUAGAUAAAAUGGAGAAUUAAAUACUUUUUAGCGUUAAUACAAAUUUCAAGUUUUAAUAAAUAAAGCAACGAAAAUAUCCUA